GGCGGGGCCGGGGGAUCCCGCGCGACCGGCGGAAGGAGGGAGGGGGCCGCGCUCGGCGCCCCGGCCGGGCCACUGGGCCACAGGCCACGCGGCCACGCAGUCCGAGCGGGAGCCGAGCCGGGCGGGGCGAGGGCAGCUCCGCUAACCUACGGAUUGCAGUGUUUCUCUGAAUUCUCCCCAAGGGAAGGAACGUCCCAGGGAUGGAAGUGCUUGGAUGCGGUGCUGCUGGCUGCGGAUGUGCGCAAGGAGAUGGGACGGAGAGCCUGAGUUGGCGUUCGUAUAAAUGACCUGCCUGGCUCCCACCAUGAGUGCUGAGCUCAACGUGCCUAUCGACCCCUCUGCUCCUGCCUGCCCUGAGCCCGGCCACAAGGGCAUGGAUUACCGGGACUGGGUCCGCCGCAGCUACCUGGAACUGGUCACCUCUAACCACCACUCGGUACAGGCCCUGUCGUGGCGGAAGCUCUACCUGAGCAGGGCCAAGCUGAAGGCCUCCAGCAGGACCUCCGCCCUCCUCUCCGGCUUUGCCAUGGUGGCCAUGGUGGAGGUGCAGCUGGAGACGCAGUACCAGUACCCGCGGCCGCUGCUGAUUGCCUUCAGCGCCUGCACCACGGUGCUGGUGGCCGUGCACCUGUUCGCCCUCCUCAUCAGCACCUGCAUCCUGCCCAACGUGGAGGCCGUGAGCAACAUCCACAACCUGAACUCCAUCAGCGAGUCCCCGCACGAGCGCAUGCACCCCUACAUCGAGCUGGCCUGGGGCUUCUCCACCGUGCUCGGCAUCCUACUCUUCCUGGCCGAGGUGGUGCUGCUCUGCUGGAUCAAGUUCCUCCCCGUGGAUGCCCGGCGCCAGCCUGGCCCCCCACCUGGCCCUGGGAGUCACACGGGCUGGCAGGCCGCCCUGGUGUCCACCAUCAUCAUGGUGCCCGUGGGCCUCAUCUUCGUGGUCUUCACCAUCCACUUCUACCGCUCCCUGGUGCGCCACAAAACGGAGCGCCACAACCGCGAGAUCGAGGAGCUCCACAAGCUCAAGGUCCAGCUGGAUGGGCAUGAGCGCAGCCUGCAGGUCUUAUGAGGCGCCGAGGGCCGGGGCUGGGAACGGCCCUGUGCCCGGGAGUCCGCAGAGGCGGGGAUUUGUCAGAUGCAGACAUUUUGCAAGGCUGCCGGGUAGUUCAAGACCAAAGUUUUCCUCUUGUCUUAAUACCAUAAGGACCGGAUGACUUCUCCUGAGAUAGAACCGUUUGGUUCAAUGAGGGACUGUGUUGCUAAGAGCGUUGGGGGCAAAGCCAGGCUGGUUCCUUGGCCUCGGGGUUUCCUGGGUCGGGGACACAGUGAAGAGGCUCCAGCGGGACCUGCCCAUCAGUCCUGGGCCAGGAGGGGCUCCAAGCAGCACCCAGUGGUCCGGGGGAGUCUCAGACCCGGCAUGUGUGGCUGGCAGACCUGGGAGAGCCAGGGCAGGGUUUUGCGUUCAGAGAAGGAUUUCCCCAGAGACCCGUGGUGGACUUCAUGGGUGCUGAGUGGCCCGUGUGACAGUGAUGACACGAAGGCUUCAGCGUUUGAGUGGGUGCAGGUGCACGCCAGGGCUUGGUGCUUCCCUGCCUGGCCCUGGAGGGAGCUGGGUGGCCUGGCUUCAGGGGAAGACAGGAGCCAGGACACAUGUCAGCCCAGCAGGUGUGGGGGGUGCUGCAGCCCUCGGCAGUGGGGUCAGGCCCUGGGGGAUGUUUCCAAUGGUGGGCAGCCUGGCCAGGCCGGAGGAGACAUGUUCACGGGCAUCUAUCAGAUGCCCCCUUGAGGAGGCUGAGUUAUUUGAGGGCUGCUGCAAAGUACGCUAGGCUCAAAUUCUCUUUUCCCAGCCAGAGCCCUGGCCACACGGACUCAGUGGGGCCACCGGGGUGGGGAAAGGACCCCUCGCCCACCCCCCGCAGCCACUGGCCUCCAGCUCUCGGCCACAGAAUGGCCUCUAAGGCUGACUCAGCCGCUCCCCUGGGCUGUGGCAGCAGGAGGCGGGGGCUCUGGCUCAGGCCCCGGAGCCUGUGCAGCUUGCCCGUGGCCCUAGGCAGCGAGGGGACAGCCUGGGGGACUUCCUGCCUAGGCAAGGUCAUUGGUCGGGCCUGGCCUGUGGAUAGUGGGGCCAGGGGCCAGCCCAGGCCAAAUGAGUGCCCUCCUUGUUAUGACACCAAGUGACUACAAGGGAGGCAAGACCCCUCCAGGCCUCUCAGCCGACACUGGGUCCCACCACACACAGUGACCGUGCUGUGCAGUGCAGGUUCUGGCCUUUUCCUUGAAGGCAUCUGGUAGACCCGAAGCCACGCUCUUGGGCCGCACAUGCACGCCGCAGCACCAGCUGCCCUGAGCUGCUUGUACAACCAACCACCUUUCCCCUCUUCUCCAGCUGUAACGUGGAGAGUCAGCCAUGCCUUGUCUUUUGUUCUCAUAAAUAGUCACUGGGGCCGGGCGCAGUGACUCACGCCUGUAAUCCCAGCACUUUGGGAGGCCGAGGUGGGCGGAUCACUUGAGGUCAGGAGUUCGAGACCAGCCUGGCCAACAUGGUGAAACCCUGUCUCUACUAAAAAAAUACAGAAAAUUAGCCGGGCGUGGUGGCGGGCGCCUGUAGCCCCAGCUACUUGGGAGGCUGAGGCGGGAGAAUGGCAAUGGCGUGAACCCGGGAGGCAGAGCUUGCAGUGAGCUGAGAUGGCGCCACUGCACUCCAGCCUGGGUGACAGAGCCAGACUCCAUCUCAAAAAAAAAAAAAAAAAAUUAGCCGGGCGUGAUGGCGGGCACCUGUAGUCCCAGCUACUCAGGAGGCUGAGGCAAGAGAAUCACUUGAACCCAGGAGGCAGAGGUUGCAGUGAGCUGAGAUCACGCCAUUGCACUACAGCCUGGGCAACAAGAGCGAAACUUUGUCUAAAAAAAAAAAAAAAAAAAAAAAAAUCACUGGGCUUCUUCAUGCUCUGAUCACAUCUCUUGUAAAAGCUUAAGUUCUCUCCGGGGUCCGGGUUGGCCAUGCCGUGGAAUUCUGGGUGGCCUGGCUGGGGUCUCUGGAAAUGUGGCUGCAGCAGAGAACAGAGACCCUGACACGCAGUUCCCCGUGCUGAGGGGCCCUAGGGGAGUCACACCAAGGGUUCCCACGAGAAAUAUGUGGCAUCCCCGGGGGCCGGAGAAGAGCCCCGUGUCUUCUGAGGGGUUUGUCCUUUGUGUCCCCUACAGACAUUUGUCUGCGACCUUUGCCCUCCAGCAUGUAUGUACUUUCCUGCAGCCUGUAGAAACGCCUCUUACGGUUUAAUAUGUGUUCGCUUUGCUAAAGAAUAUCAACAUCAGCCAGGCGAGGUGGGGCACGCCUGUCAUCCCAGCACUUUGGGAGGCUGAGGUGGGAGGAUCACGUGGGCCCAGGGGUGCGAGACCAGCCUGGGCAACAUAGCGAGACCCCAUCUCUAAAAAAAUUAUUUUAAAUUAGCCAGGCCGGGUGCAAUGGCUCGCGCCCGUAAUCUUAGCACUCUGGGAGGCCGAGGCAGGCGGAUCACUUGAGAUCAGGACUUUAAGACCAGCCUCGGCAACAACAUGGUGAAACCAUCUCUAGCAAAAAUACAAAAAAUUAGCCGGGUAUGGUGGCGGGUACCUGUAAUCCCAGCUACUCAGGAGGCUGAGGCAAGAGAAUCGCUUGAACGCAGGAGGCAGAGGUUGCAGUGAGCUGAGAUCGUGCCACUGCACUCCAGCCUGGACAACAGAGCAAAACUCUGUCUCAAAAAAUAAUAAAUAAAAAUAAAUUAGCUGGGCGUGGUGGUGCAUGCCUGUAGUUCCAGCUACUUGGGAGGCUGAGGUGGGAGGAUUGCUUGAGCCUGGGAAGUAGAGGCUGCAGUGAACUAUGACUGUGCUAGUGGCCGGGCACAGUGGCUCACGCCUAUAAUCCCAGCACUUUGGGAGGCCAAAGCAGGUGGAUCACUUGAGGUCAGGAGUUCGAGACCAGCCUGGCCAACAUGGUGAAACUCUGUGUCUACUAAAAAUACAAAAAAUUAGCUGGGCGUGGUGGCGCUUGCCUGUAGUCCCAGCUACUUGGGAGGCUGAGGCAGGAGAAUCGCUUGAACCCAGAAGGCAGAGGUAGCGGUGAGCCAAGAUGGUGCCACUGCACUCCAGCCUGGGCGACAGAGGGUGACUCCUCAAAAAAAAGAAAAAUAGCUAAAAUAUGAUUGUGCCACUGCACUCCAGCCUGGGUGACAGAGUGAGACCCUGUCUCUAAAAAAAAAAAAAAAAAAAGAAAAAAGAAUGUCAGCAUGUCAGCGUUCCUCCAAGGAGUGGCUUUGGGUCAAGAAGACAGGCUGGCUCUCCUAAACAAACGGCUCCCCACGGCUGGGAGAGGCAGCAGGCCCUUACUCUGGCCUGAGUCUUUUGGGAGGGGCCCUGCUGGGCCUUCUCCUGCCGCCUACCUUCCUGGACCAUCUGUGCCCCUGCCCACGCAGUACCACACUCCCCAGACUGUGGAACGCAUCUCCAGUGCCAUCUGGGGGCCAGUUACUGUACCUGGUCCCCAGGCAGAGCUCUUGGCCUGGCAGCAUCCAGGCAGGUAUUAAGUGCCCAGUGAUGGUGGCACAUGGGUGGGGACGGAGACACAUCCAAGUCUAGCCCUCUGAUUAGGAGGACGACAGUCUUGGAAUUUCUUGUUCUCUUUCUCCUAGGGUUCUCGUUCUCCCAGCUCCAGCCUUUCUAGUUUCGAGGCAUGAGGCAAACCAUUGCUGUGGGAAUAGCAGUGACCAUGGGUAGGGCCAUGGUGGCCGAGAGAGGAAACCUCAGGGUCACCCCAGAGCCUGUGGGGAGACAGAGGGUGAGCUGUUGUUGGAGCUGCAGAAACGCCUUGAAGGGCAGCAUGGGCGAUGAGGAAUGCCAUUGCAGCCUAGAAAUUCGGUUUCUGGAGGUUUAGCCUGAUUUUGAAGAGUAUUUAAGAACAGAGGGCUCCAGACCAGGUGUGGUGGCUCACAUCUGUAAUCCCAGCACUUUGGGAGGCAGAGGUGGGCGGAUCGCCUGAGAUCAGGAGUUCGAGACCAGCCUGGCCCACAUGGUGAAACCCUAUCUCUACUAAAAAUACAAAAACUAGCCAGGCAUAGUGACACACGCCUGUAAUCCCAGCUGCUCGGGAGGCAGAGGCAGGAGAAUGGCGUGAACCCGGGAGGCGGAGGUUGCAGUGAGCCGAGAUCACGCCACUGCACUCCAGCCUGGGUAACAGAGCAAGACUCUGUCUCAAAAAAAAAAAAAAAAAAACAACAGGGGCCUCUGCCUCAGUUUGCCCGCGAGCCAGCCAGGGCCCAUCCUAAUUUGGAGCACAGUCUUCCCGGUGCCUAGACAUGCCAAGGCCCCUCCCACGUGGGACACCCUCUCCAUUUAGUACCUGACCACCUGUUUCAAAACGCAGGUGUUUCUGGUUUAGAAACUUGGAAGGCGGAAUGUGUUUUCGCGUCUUCUAGGAAGGGUCUGCUGAGGACCAGACCACAUAAGCCUGAGUGGAUCCUGACUCAGCUGCAGCCCUUACCUGCCUUGUGCUGAUGAUCUAUGCAUGGCGUUAUGUAGAUCACGUGCGGCAGAGACAGCCACUGUCCUGUGUGCGGGUUUUUAAAACAGCUGCCCUGGAUGAAACGGAAUAAACCAGUGACGCUAUUCAAAGUCUUUCUGUUCUUGGGGGACGCUGUGGGCAGAGGGGAUAAAUUGCAGCCCCUGGCCCUCCCGUGGCAUCUGCUGAGUGGGGGACCCACAUCGUGGCCUGAAAAACUUCUCCUGGAGCGCCCUCUGGCCUCCUGUCGCUGGUCACUGGCCAGCGUCCUCCCAGGCUGCCCCGGCAAGGAGGCGUGGACAUCUCUAGAAUGGAGGCAGGGUACUCGUGUCCAGACACGCCGCCAUGGGGCUCCACCCCGAGAGCGCAGGGUGCCUCUGCCUGGCGCUUCCCCUCCCAGACAGGGCCCUCUCUUUCCAGAAACAAAAGAAGGGGCAGCCCCAGAGGGUGGCUGAGCGACAACAGAGCCCACCUGGACAGGGUCAGCUUGGAGUUCCCCCCAGUCCCUUCAGGAGAGGAGCCACCAGAGCACUGGUCACCUCAGUACAUUCUCCAGCCCCAAGUCCCUGUGGGGCAGCAGGAACAGGUGGGUCCCUCCUGCGGGCUGGUGGCACUGCUAAGGAAGCACCAAGACAGCCUUUUUUUUAUUUGAGACAGAGUCGCUCUGUCACCCAAGCUGGAAUGCGGUGGCAUGAUCUUGGCUCACUGCAACCUCCUCCUCCCGGGUUCAAGCGAUCUUGUGCCUCAGCCUCCCAAAUAGCUGGGAUUACAGGCACGCACCACCAUGCUUGGCUAAUUUUUGUAUUUUUAGUAGAGACGGGGUUUCACCAUGUUGGCCAGGCUGGUCUCGAACUCAUGACCUCGUGAUCUGCCCACCUUGGCCUCCCAAAGUGCUGGGAUUACAGGUGUGAGCCACCUUGCUCAGCUUAUAUUUAUAGAUUUAUUUUAGAGACAGGGUCGGGCUCUAUUGCCCAGGCCAGAGCUGGAGUGCAGUGGUGCAAUCAUAGCUCUCUGCAGGCUCCAGCUUCUGGGCGCAAGCAAUCCUCCCACCUCAGUCUCCCGAGUAGCUGGGACUACAGGCGCACACUACCAUGCCCAGCUAACGUUUUUUUGUAGAGAUGGGAUCUUGCUAUGUUGCCCAGUCUGGUCUUGAACUUCUGGCCUCAAGCGACCCUCCUGCCUUGGCCUCCCAAAGUGCUGGGAUUACAGGUGUGAGCCACCAUGCCUGGCCCAUUCUGUUUUUUGUCGGCCACUGAGGUAGAGGCCCUCUUCUAGGAAAGAAUUUCUGUUUGUUUUGUUUUGUUUUGUUUUUUUGAAACAGUCUCUCUCUGUCUCCCAGGCUGGAGUGCAGUGGCGUGAUCUCAGCUCGCUGCAACCUCCACUUCCCGGGUUCAAGCAAUUCUUCUGCCAAGCUGGGACUACAGGCAUGCACCACCACCAUGCCCUGCUAAUUUUUGUUGUUGUUGUUGGUUUUUGAGAUAGAGUUUCGCUCUUGUUGCCCAGGCUGGAGUGCAGUGGCACGAUCUCAGCUCACCGCAACCUCCGCCUCCCAGGUUCAAGCAAUUAUCUUGCCUCAGCCUCCCAAGUAGCUAGGAUUACAGGCAUGCGCCACCACACCUGGCUUAUUUUUGUAUUUUUAGUAGAGAUGGGGUUUCUCCAUGUUAGCCAGGCUGGUCUCGAACUCCCGACCUCAGAUGAUCCGCCUGCCUCAGCCUCCCAAAGUGCUGGGGUUACAUGUGUGAGCCACCACACCCAGCCUUUCUUUUUGCAUUUUUAAUAGAGACUGAGUUUCAUCACACUGGCCAGGCUGGUUUCGAACUCCUGGCCUCAAGUGAUCCGCUGGCCUCAGCCUCCCAAAGUGCUGGAUUACAGACAUGAGCCACCGUGCCAGGCCUUGUUAAUAUUUUUAACUCUGGCACUUCACCCUAGAGGCUGCUAGGAAUCAGGUGUGCCAAGCAACUGGCACCACUCCAUGGAAAGCGUCUAGGGCAGUGCCUUGGUUCUGCCAAUCCUGAGAAGCCAGGCUGCCCCUUGGGCUGGGCAGUGGCCUCAGUACCGAGCCCCAGGCCAGCAAGCCCACAAGCCUCGAGAAAGACUGCACUUCCGGUGGAGGCUGCAGUUCCUUAAAGGGAAAAUCUGCCCCACCCCUGUCAAGGGCAGGACACAAGUCACUGGCAUUGAAGGACCCACUCCACACCCAGCAGAUCAUCGACGCAGACUUUUUUUUUCCCAGAUAGAGUCUCACUCUGUCGUCCAGGCUGGACUGCAAUGGUGUGAUCUUGGCUCACUGUAACCUCCGCCUCCCGGGCUCAAGUGAUUCUCCUGCCUCAGCCUCUUGAGUAGCUAGGAUUACAGGCGCCCACCAUCACGCCUGGCUAAUUUUUGUAUUUUUAGUAGAGACGGGGUUUUGCCAUGUUGGCCAGGCUGGUCUUGAACUCCUGACCUCAAGUGAUCCUCCUGCCUCAGCCUCCCAAAGUGCUGGGAUUAUAGGCGUGAGCCACCUCGUCCGGCCCAAGACUUUUUGCCUCAGAUGCUGCAGAGCCCUGGUGAGGCCCAGGAGGGCAAGGCCCAGACAGGAGCCGAAACCCAUGUAGAACCUGCCAACCUGCAGCUCACACCUGUAAUCCCAGCACUUUGGGAGGCUGAGGUGGGCGGAUCACUUGAGCCAAGGAGUUCGAGACCAGCCUGGGCAACAUUACGAGACCCUGUCUCUACAAAAAUACAAAAAUCACCUGGGCUUGGUGGCGCAUGCCUGUAGUCCCAGCUACUGGGGAGGCUGAGGUGGGAGAAUCAUCUGAGCCCAGGGAGGUUGAGACUGCAGUGAGCCAAGAUUGUGCCACUGCACUCCAGCCUGGGUAAAAUAAGUGAGACCACGUCUCAACCCCUUUUGCAGCCCGUCUGUGGACCACCCACCUAUGGGUACUGUGGGAUGGGGGACAGGCCGGCUUAACACAAAUCGAGGCAGGAAUAACCCCAGAGAAUGGGCUUUGCAUGGAGCUUGGCCCCUGUCCCUGCCUGUGAGGGAGGACCAGACUCGGCCUCACCACCUGCCACUCUGAGCAAACAGGCAACGGUGUUUCCUGAACAUCUUUCCGAAGCGGCUGAGGGAUGUCAGCUGAGCCCCCGCUGGGCCUGCUCUGGAGCGGGAUGUCUCCAGAAGCCGCCCUUGGAGCAGGCACUUCCCUAUUUGGGCGUGUCCCAGUCCCAUGCCUCACCGUCCCCUUGCUUGAAGCUCCAAGAGCAUGAGAGUGGGCGGCCUGGUCUGCUGAGGAAAGUGUGCUGAUGGAUGCGGAAAUGGCCACUCCAAACACGGGUAAGCAGACGUUACCCUGCAGGCGGUGGCUCCUGGGGCCCAGCCCUGCAGAAACACAUGGGGCAGGCUGGGCAGAGGGGCUCACACCCGUUAUUCCCAGCGCUUUGGGAGGCUGAGGCGGGAGGAUCGCUUGAGCCCAGGAGUUUGAGACCAGCCUGGGCAACAUAGCAAGACUCUAUCUCCACUAAAAAUCAAAACAAAACAAUUAGCUGGGUAUGGUGGCACACGCCUGUAGUUCCAGCUACUGGGGAGGUUGAGGGGGAGGAUCACUUGAGCCCAGGAGUUCAAGGCUGCAGUGAGCCAUGAUUGCGCCACUGCACUCCAGCCUGGGCAACAGAGCAAGACCCUGCCCUGCCGCCUGAAAGAAAGAAAGAAGGAAAGAGAAAGAGAAAGGAAAAGAAAAAGGAAACAUACGAGGCUAUGGGGCAGUGUACGGGGGCCAGGCUGUGGCAGAAGCAUCCCAGCGUGGCCUUCUCCAGCCCCAUCCUGGUUGGGUAAGGUGUCGCCGUGGGUCUUCGUGUCACAGCUUCAAGGACAGACCCAACUCUGGUAUCACCAACUUAACAGGUAAUGGAGUUUCCUAAAGUGUGCUCUGCAGGAGUGCUGGAAGGGCCAGCAUGGAAGGACCCCAGGGAGGGAGAUUUCUUUGCUCCACAGCAUCCCCAAGCCUCACGAGGCCUCUCCCCUCCAAGUCUCUCUGUGCAUCGUUCUCCAGAUGUUGGAGCAUCCUGCAGGGGCCAGCCCAGCCUGUCAGGGGCAGAGACCCUGCACUGGCCCCCUCGAGAGUGGACCCCUGGGCUGGCUUAUCUGCUUCAGUGCAGUGAGGAUCAGCUGGAGCUCCGACCUGACUCACAUCUGGAUGCGCAGUGAGGGGCCCGUUGGGGCCGUGAUACUGGGAGGAAGCCAGGCUCUGUGCUCUUGCUCCAAGUGAGUUGACCAGGGAGCUGAAGUUAAGGUGGCCUGGGAGCCACGUCCUCCCACCUAGCGGCUGGGCUCUCACAGCCACUAGAAACCCAUCAGCCUUUCCCCUGGGUCUAUGCGGGGCUCUUCAGCCCUCCUGGGAGCUCAGUGGCUGGGACGCUGCUUUACAGACAGUGCAUGGCUCUGCCACCUGACAGCUCCCAGAGGGUUCUGGGGGUGACCGUAAAGAGUGGUGCUGGCCCUGAACCUUUCCUGUUCCCCUGGAUUUAGUUCCCAGCAGGUGGUGAGGAACUGAACAUUUUUGUCCCAUAGUGGUGGGAGAGAGGGCUGGCCACAUGGGUCCAGGCCACCCCUCAGCCUCCACAGCCUGCCCCGCACCCAGCCACAGGAACAGCAGAGCAGCUCCCCCAUCCAGGUAAGCCCCCCGCCACAGCCCCAUCACAAAGGAAUAGCCUCCUGGUGUAGUGGGAGGUGAGGAGCUUUUUUUGUUUUCCUUUUAUUUAUUUUAGGGACAGGGUCUUGCUCUGUUGCCAAGUUAAGUGCAGUGGUAUGAUCAUGAGCUCACUGCAGCCUUGACAUGGUGGUAAAGCCAUCCUCCCGCCUCAGCCUUUCGAGUAGCUGGGACUACAGGUGUGUGCCACCAUGCCCAGACGCCCAGCUAAUGUUUGUAUUUUUUGUAGAGAUGGGGGUCUCACUAUGUUGCCCAGGCUGGCCUCAAGCAAUCCUCCCACCUGAGCCCCGCAAAGUACUCGGAUUACAGGUGUGAGUCACUGCGCCUGGCCGGGAGCUUUAAUUUUUCCUACUUGUUAAUAGUGUUAUGGGGCUGGGAGGAGGCUCUCAGAUUUCCCUGCCCUCCUCACAUCCCCCAACCCCCCCGGGUGUGGGGGUGUCAAGCAUGAGUCAGGCUGAGCCUGACUCUGAAGCUGUUCCCAGCUCUUUCGUCUAAACUUCAAAUCUUCAACCAACUCUGUUCCCUAAUCCAACACAUUCCCCAAAUGAAGGGACUGGACGGUGAGAUAUCGGGAAACCCCAUGAAAAUAGAUGCAUAAUAAAGGUGAAAAUCAUUUAAAA